GGGAGCUGCUCUCAUUAGCUGCCUUGUGACCCUGGGGGCUGGGAGUGACAGCCUUGGGGGGCUCCAGCAGGCUUCCAGACAUGGACAGAGGGAGACCACCAGAAGUUGUCUACACAUGACAGAAAGCAGCAGCAGCAGCAGCCCACUAGCUCAGCUCCUGAUACAGAUAAACCCAGGACUGCAACAGGAGGCAAUUACAGCUGUAGCCUGGAGCAAGCCCUGACUGGCACAUCACCCUGGGAUAUGGGCAUCCCAAACAGCAAGUGGCACCUUCUGCCAGCCUGAUUCAUGGACACACUCAUUAUUUCUGCCUGGACCUAAUUUCUGUCAUUGUUAUGUGGAUCUUAAAACAGGAUUAUUAAAAACUGGAUGUUCUUAUUCCACAGAGGGCUGCAGUGCCCCGGACCAGUCCAGUGCCCUCUAGGCAGCCCUACUGAUUUCAAUUUUGCCAUGGGCAGGGGAGACCCAAUCGUUAAUGGGUGAAUUAUAUUCUGGGGAUUUGUGAGGACACCGGAGAAGGAGAGCAGCCGUUGGAUGCCAAGGAGUGACUCAGACACCAUCUCCUGGCCAGGCUGCAGACCUGGCACUCAGUAUGGGCACCAUGUGGGCUAGCUGCCUGGUGCUGGCUUUCUUCACCUGGGGCACGGCCAGGGCGCAGGGCGAGUACUGCCACGGCUGGCUGGACGCUGCGGGCAACUACCAGGCGGGAUUCCAGUGCCCAGAGGAUUUUGAUACAUUAGACGCAACUAUCUGCUGCGGCUCCUGCGCUCUGCGCUACUGCUGCGCCGCCUCGGACGCACGGCUGGAGCAAGGCAGCUGCACCAAUGACCGGGAGCUGCGGGACCCGGGAGUCACAGCGCAGCCGGCAUAUGUCCCUUUCCUCAUUGUUGGCUCCAUAUUCAUUGCUUUUAUCAUCGUGGGAUCGUUGGUGGCUGUCUACUGUUGCACAUGCUUGAGACCCAAGCAGACAUCCCAGCAGCCCAUGAGGUUCACAUUGCGCAGUUAUCCACCAGAGACCCUUCCUAUGAUCCUCACCAGCACUAACCUGCGAACUCCUUCAAGGCAGUCCAGUACUGCAACCAGUUCCACAUCAACUGGAGGUUCUAUACGGAGAUUAUCCUCCUCCAGAACAGAUCCAGUUUGUCUAGUGCCAUCUCCACCGCCCCCUUAUUCCUUGGCACAUUCCAACCACCUCAACCCUUCCACAUUCCUUGUCUCCACACAGUAUUUCGCAUACCCAAUCCAACCAGAAGCAAUCUCCAAUAAAAGCUGUUCAGAUUUCAGACAGACCUAACAGGACCUGUUCACUUAAUCGGAUAAAAGCAAAGCCAAUAACUCCAUCAUCUGAAGUCUGGCUGCCAUUUGAAUGGUUUCACAAGAACACUUGAUGUCCAAAAAUCUGAAGAGCAGUUGUAUGACUGAUAUAUAUAAUAUUCAGAUGCAUUGGCAUACAACAUGGAGUAACAACACCAGGGAUAUAAAUAUGGCAUCAUUCAACAAUCUGUUAACUGAGCAGCCAACCUGGGAGCUGAGGCAAUAACAAUAUGUUAAAUAUUAAGGAGAAACCAAUUUCAGCACUACAGAAUUACUAAGUUUGACCUAUCUGAGGCCAGUAGAUCCUUUGUCGUUGACCUGUUAAUCAAACAG